AUGUCGCACAGUCGGGUACUGUUAGACGGCUGCCAUGCCAAAGUCCCUGGGAUUAAUACUUCUUACGGCUAUGUACCGACGCUAGGAGCUGGAAUUGCGUACUGUACUCUCUUUGGAAUCUCGAUGCUUCUUCAUACUGCUCAAUUCUGCUGGAAGCGAACAUGGUGGUGCAGCGUUUUCAGUAUCGGCUGCCUGGUCGAAGUUAUUGGCUGGGCCGGUCGAACCUGGUCAUCUAAGUGUCCGUAUAAUUCGACCGCGUUCCUAAUGCAAAUCUCCACUCUCAUUAUUGCGCCCACUUUCUUCACAGCCGGCAUCUACGUCCUCCUAGGCCGCUUCAUCCAAAUCCUCGGCCGAGAAUCCUCCAUGCUCAAACCUAGCCUCUACCUCUGGAUCUUCUGCACCUGCGACAUUGUCUCCCUUGUCAUCCAAGCUAUUGGCGGUGGCAUGGCCUCGUCCGAAGCAAACAAAGUCAACGGCGACACAGCACCUGGCACUCACAUCAUGGUAGCCGGUAUCAUCUUCCAGCUCUUCUCAAUCACCAUCUUCGUCAUCUUUGCCGCCGACUUCGUCGUCCGUACCAUGCGGAACAGGCUCCUUCAGUCUCUGACUGGAUCUAUUGUGCCUCUGCUAGGCGCAAUGAUUUUCUCCGUGUUGUGCAUUUAUAUUCGGAGCAUCUAUCGUACUAUCGAGCUGUUGCAGGGCUGGCAUGGCUUCCUGAUUACUCACGAGAAAUACUUCAUCGCCCUUGAUGGAGCUAUGAUGGUUGCCGCUGUCGUUGCGUUCAAUAUCAUCCAUCCUGGCUGGCUGUUGCCUGAUCACAAGCCCGCGGGGCGAAAGCGGGAUGAUGUGUCUGAUGAAAUUGAGAUGACCGGUCAUUUGUCUUGA